UCAAAUGCAAAGUGAACAGACAAUAUGUACAAUGCAAUAUGUGAGUUGCGCUUGUUUGUCUAUGAUCUUUUAAUUAUUUGUAGUUUCAUUCAAGUGUCACUCCUCGCUAUUAGCUGUUUAGCUAACAUAGCACGCUGCUAACAAUGUUAGCAUGCAUCCAGUGAACGAUAAUUGUAAAGCUAUAAGAAUAAUAAUCACCUUGAGGAUAUUCAACUGACUCUUGUCAUCGCCUUCCCUUUUAAACGACAUUACUAUUUUGUCAGAAAGUGUAAUUUAGUAACACGUUAGGCGUAUAGUUAACUAAAGUGCUAGUGGUUUAGCCUGUAUGUAAUGUGGCGUUCAGGGUAAAUGUAAAAGUAGCUUUUUUCCAAUACUAUUUGGAGAGGGAGAAUUUCAGAGCUUUUACGUUAAGUGUUUGUCACCGAAAUGUACUGAUCGUAUUAAGUAUUAUUUAACAGUUUAAUAUUGUUGUUUUUUGUUAGUUUAUUAUAAUAGAUUCGUUCAAUAAGUACAAAUUUGAGCAUUCCAAGUGUAUUUGAACGCAUUACCGUGAUGCAUGACGGGAGUCGCAGCUAUGGCAACAAAUGGCAGCAGGCAAGAGACUAACUUAACCGUAAGAUAAAUGUCUACUUUUUCCACAUAAUGUUAACCGUAAGAUAAAUGUCCACUUUUUCCACAUUAACUAUCAUGUUGUGUCUGCCGUUUGUAAUUGUAAUGAAACCAGUGGUUUUAUGUCGGUGACGUCGCUAGGCACAGCACGUUUGGCAGUCGCGGUAAGGUUAAGUUUAGUUAUCUUACUUGUUAACUAAAGGGUAUUAUAGGUCAACAAAGUUGUCGUCAGCGAGCAGCCAUGUUUGUUAUGAAGCAUUUUACUGUGGUGAAAACUUGACUGGUGCCCAGUGAUUCCGCGUCAUGUCCGAGGAGAAGCAGCCGGUGGACGGCCUGCUCUUCGGCGGCCGCAGCCGGUCUUACGGCAGUCUGGUCCGGUCCAAUCUCUCCCCGGUUCGCAGGAGAGUUAUACAACAUCACAUCCAGCCUGGUGAAACCCUUCAAGGUCUGGCCUUGAAAUAUGGAGUUACUAUGGAACAAAUUCAAAGAGCCAACAGGCUGUACACUAAUGACUCCAUCUUCCUGAAGAAGUCCUUGUCCAUCCCUGUCCUCUCAGACGUGGAAGGACACACUCGUGAUGAAGGUGGACAUAAGGGUGAGGGUGAGGACUCUGGAGAGGUGGCAGGCCGGACUUGCCCUUAUAACGGCCUCAAAGCGAGCCCCUCUUACCAAGAGAAUGCCCCAGAGCUCACAGCCAGGGAUUUUUUGACAAGACUCGAUGGCUUCAUCAGCGAGUCCAAGCAGGCUGCAGCCAGAGGAUGGAAGAAUGCGGAGAAGAGGGUUACCGACCUGGAGGCGGUGUGCUCCAGCAGAACAAACGAACGGCAGUCGCCUGUAGGACGGCGCCAUCAGGCGCUGCACGUGACAGUGCCGCUUACCACCACCAAGCUCACCAUGAAGCUGAAGAAACAAGAGGAUGAGAUCUUUGAACUGUGACCACUUCCUGCUCACUCAACAACAGCACUACAUACUAUUGUUGUCAUCUUGCUGUGUGUGUGAAUACACUUAGCCUCAGGAUUGUUUUAAGCACUUUCUUGAUCUUUGUUUUUUAGCGGAGGCGGACACUGUGGUCUCGCCUUGAUCACAUGGAGGCUGUUCACAUGGUGGUCAUGGGACAGGCAUGUAACUGCCAUACAUGCCCAACAGUCAACAAUAGCUAACACUGUUUUUAUUAACUUAUUCACUCUUAACAGUUUGUUACAGCCUAUAGAUGCACAAUAAUGAUUUUAUUACUAAUGUAUGCAAUGUUGAGAGAAAAAGGCUUUGUUUUGUAGCUUUUGUAAAGUUUAUUAAACUUUUUUUUUUUUUAAUACAGGGUACUAGUGUGUGUUUGUAAUGUUAAAUUGUAAAAUAAAAUAAGCUCCCAAUGUAAA